AUGACCGGGCAGGACGUUAGUAAAAAUGAGCUUAUCUUUGUUCAAAUUUUUCUCGUCAUUGAGAUCGUUUUAGAAAUACAUUACAGCAGGUUGCCAAUAUUUAAAUACCCAUCCGACGCAAGUGAAUUACUACGUUUUGAACGCUUAAAUGCGUCAUGUUUAAUUGAACAUAAUAAUUUAAUGAUAGCACGUCGUUUGUCAACACAUUGGGUGUCCCAAAAUUCCGGCAUGUUAAAAAAUGCGUAUAACUCCAUUACUGAACAAGCUUAA